AUGUCCCGCGCCCCACUCCGUUUCCCGGCCACUGCCCGGCACACGGCGACCGUCAUCUUCGUCCAUGGGCUCGGUGACUCGGGCCAUGGCUGGGCUGCUGCUGUUGAGAACUGGCGCCGCCGCCAGCGGCUAGACGAGGUCAAGUUUAUCCUGCCUCAUGCCCCGUCAAUCCCCAUCACGAUUAACGGAGGCAUGAAGAUGCCAGGCUGGUAUGACAUUGUCGACCUCGGAGGCAGCCUCGACGCGAUGCGCCGGAGCGAAGACGCGGCGGGCAUCGUCAGGAGCCAGGAGUACCUCCACUCGCUGAUCCAGCAGGAGAUGGACGCGGGCAUCCCCGCGGAGCGCAUCGUGCUGGGCGGCUUCAGCCAGGGCGGGGCCAUGAGCCUCUUCGCGGGCCUGACGGCGCGGGUCAGGCUGGCCGGCAUCGUCGCCAUGUCGUCGUACCUGCUGCUCGGCUCCAAGCUGGGCGACUACCUGCCCAGCCCCGAGCUCAACAGGGCCACGCCCAUCCUCAUGGCCCACGGCACCGCCGACGCCGUCGUCGGCUUUCCGGUGGGCCGCAUGAGCUACGAGAUGGUCAAGCAGAGGGGCUACAAUGUGACCAUGAAGAUCUACGAGGGUAUGGGUCAUGAUGCUUGCCCGGAGGAGCUAGAUGAUAUCGAGGCUUUCUUGAGGGAGCGGCUGCCCGCUCUGGACCAGAGCACGGGAAAGGCUGAGCUAUGA